GUGCGCGGGCUGGGCCUGGUGAGCUGCGCGCCGCCGCCGGGCCGCUCCCUGCCGCCCGCCCCCCGCCGCCCGCCGCGGUGGUACAGCCCGGACCCCAGGCCGCGGGGUGAGCGAGCCGCCGGGAGCAGGGGCGGCUGCGGCCGGGGAGGAGAUUCCAUCAGCAACAUGCCGGACGUCGAGGAGAAGGUGCCCCUGCAGGACCCUGGCGACGCCGAGAGCGGGGCCUGUGAGCCCGAAACGUCGGUACCGACCCAGGGAGACAAGAGCGGCCCCGAGGACCACCCUCCCCGUCUGACAGAUACAGUUAUCGAUGUUUCCAAGCUGAGCAGCGAGACUGGAAUGGGUCACGAUUUCCAUGUGAAAGAGGUUUUCCCUCCAAGCAGUCUGGAGGGCAAGGUCAAGGAGACAAUGCACAAUGCCUUUUGGGACCAUCUUAAGGAGCAACUGUCAGCUACUCCCCCAGACUUCAGCUGUGCUCUUGAACUUCUGAAAGAAAUAAAAGAGAUCUUGUUAUCACUGCUGUUACCACGCCAGAACCGCCUAAGAAGUGAGAUCGAAGACGCUCUGGACGUGGACCUCCUCAAGCAGGAAGCGGAACACGGGGCCCUGAAUGUCCCUCAUCUCUCUAAGUACAUCCUCAACACGAUGACUUUGCUGUGUGCCCCAGUUCGGGAUGAGGCGGUGCAGAAACUAGAGAGCGUGACAGAUCCUGUUCGUUUACUGAGAGGGAUCUUCCAGGUUCUGGGUCUGAUGAAAAUGGACAUGGUGAACUACACCAUCCAGAGCCUUCAGCCCCACCUGCAGGAGCAUUCUGUCCAGUAUGAACGGGCGAAAUUCCAGGAGCUCCUCGACAAGCAGCCUGGCCUCCUGGAUCACACCACCAAGUGGCUGACCCAAGCUGCAGCAGACCUCACGGCGCCGCCUCUGCCCGGCCCUGACACUCCCGACUCCUCCGGCGUGGCCAGCCCCUCUCCGAGUGAGCCAGUCGACAGCCCAGAGCCGCUCAGCCCCACAAUGGUGCUGUCCCAGGGCUUCCUGAACCUUCUUCUCUGGGACCCUGAAAAUGAAGAGUUCCCUGAGACCCUGCAGAUGGACAGAGCCCGGCUACAGGAGCUGGAGUCGCAGCUGCACAGGUUAACCGUCCUGGCCUCAGUCUUGCUGGUGGCCAGUAGUUUCUCUGGCAAUGUUCUGUUUGGCUCGCCUCAGUUUGUGGACAAGCUGAAACGCGUAACCAAAGCCCUGACAGAGGAGUUUGACUCCAGGCCUGAGGAGGCUAUGCUGACCCUGAGUGAACAGGUGUCUCAGGAAAUCCAUCAAAGCCUCAAGAGCAUGGGUCUUGCUCCUCUGAGCAGCGACAACACAGCAUCUCUGAAAGGACAGCUCCAGAACAUUGCCGCGAAGGAGAACUGUGUCUGCAGUGUCAUUGAUCAGCGGAUCCAUUUGUUCCUCAAAUGCUGUUUGGUUCUUGGUGUGCAGCGGUCUCUGUUAGACCUCCCUGGAGGGCUUACUCUCAUUGAGGCAGAACUGGCAGAACUGGGCCAAAAGUUUGUCAACCUCACACGUCACAAUCAGCAGGUGUUUGGCCCCUACUACAUGGAGAUCCUAAAAACCCUCAUCUCCCCAGCCCAGGCGCUGGAAACAGAAGUGGAGUCUCUCUGAUAGGACCUGCUCCAGCCCUGGCACCUUGGACCCAGGAGAGAAGCCCAUCGUUUUCCUGGGGUGACAUCACCGGUGACCAGCGGAGUUGUGGGCCCUCUUCCCCUCCUGCAGCCGGUACACCUGGGCUCCAGUGAUCAAGCAUGUAAACACCAGUUGGCCCAACCUUGUUCAAUAAUAAACUUCUGAACUGCAAGCAAACUUCCGCUCUGCUCCUGCUGCAGCUGUGGCCAGGCCCUGUGCCCUCGGCCCUAGCUAGCUGAGAAGCCAACAGGCCCCCGGUUGUCCUCCACUGGCUAGGUGCUCCCUUCAGCAGACGGAGCUGAGAAGCCAAGACACCCAGGUGCUAGUAGUGUUUUCUCUAAGGGUAAAGCAUUUCCCUGAGGGCCCUGAGAACUCUGUGGAAUUAUCCAAAAUGUGACUAUAAGGGCUUCACUGGAAGUCAGAAAUUUCAGCUCAGGAUUGGGCACAAUUGAAAGAAGUUAUUAGAAACCUCAUUUCCAGGACCAAAUUUCCUUCAAAUGAUGCAGUAAGUCAAGAAAUAGUAAGAGCCUCAGCUUCCUCUUCUGUUUUCAGGGUCUGAAGCAGUGUGCAAACUGGGGCUGAAUGAAAUGGAUAUUGGCUGCUGGCGAGCCUUCUGUUGAGGACAGGUUUCAGAGUUCUUGCAAUUUCUCUGAAGUGUCCAGAGUUCAGACUUAGGUCAGUGACUGACUUGGUCGCAUUUAUCCUUGUUCUCGAGCCGAGUGAGUCUCCUGUAUCCUCAUCUCUAAGCUUAGCACCCCCCGUUCAUCCUGACAGAGUUGAUGUGGGCAUUCAGAGGUGGACCAGCCUCCAUCCUUCUUCCUACUUCCAGUCUGGAACUCUAAUUGGCAGUGUGGUUGUGAGCUCAUGUUGGCAUCACAAGUGAGAGAGGUGCUAGGAAGGACUGGGCUUGUCUCCUGGGAUGGCAGAGAUCCAACCUGUUGUUCUCAGCCUCACUGCAGCAGACCAGCCCAAACCUAGUAUGGCCGAAAGGAGGAAAAUGUUCCACUUAGAUUCGGCCCUUUUUUUUGUAAUGGCAAGAGAAAAUGGAAAUUCACUUGUGUGCUCUCAAGGUGGGGUGGAGAGAAACAAUAUUCUCACCAUUUCAGCAGACGGAGGGAGCUGAAUAGAACACAAAUCUGGGAGGAACAACAGAAGUGAGAUUUGAGUUGCGUUAGCUCGAGGUUUCCUCCUAAUUGACCUCCUUUUUAGAGAGUAGAGCCUAGGUGGGUGACACGGCCAGGACAACAGUGUGACUUUUCCUAUGACCAGAAAAGCUGGAGGGCCUGGAUCGUUCCGUUUCCAUUCUUACAGCUAGACCUCCUCAGGGUGGGGAAGCCCAGAAAAAGGGGCGUGUUGAAUAAACAGGCUUGCCUAGAUGGAGUCUCUGAUUUGCGACAAUUAACUUGAACUUUUAAAAAAUCCACAUUUUGGAAGCUUCAUUACCUUAGAGGCAGAAGUGCUCUGAAGAGGACCGCCUGGCUGAGGGGUGCAGACACUGGGCUGACAAGAGAACCUUGCUUUGUACUUCAUAAUUAAAAUCUAGAUUGAUGGAUUUCUUAGAAA